AUGGCGUCGGACGGUGAAGAAGUGAUAAGUGAUCAAGAAAAAGUAAAAAUAGUUUCGGAUUUCAUUCUCCAUUCGCCGCCCGGGGAAUUCAACGAAGUCUUCAAUGAUGUAAGGAAGCUUUUAAAUAACGAUGACCUUCUAAAAGAAGGAGUAACCGGGGCGUUCGCCCAAUACAAUAAAGACCAACUCACCCCCGUUAGGAUAGAAAACGCCGAUCAAAUGGUGCUGAUUACAGAAUACAACGAUUUAGGUAACAAUAGAUUCUUCGACCCCCGUAGUAAGCAAAGUUUCAAAUAUGAACAUUUAAGAAAGGAAGCUUCUGAUUACCAGCCUUAUAGUCUCGAUACGACGGCGGAGCCUUGGCGGGCCGCCCUAGAUAACGAGUUUAUACAAUACACAAGAAACCAUUAUAAAGACGGCGUUUGUAGCGUAUUCGGUCGCAGUCAAAACGGUGCGAUCACCCUUACAGCUUGCAUCGAAGACCACCAAUUUCAACCCAAGAACUUUUGGAACGGUCGAUGGAGAUCCCAAUGGUCUGUUAGUUUAACCGAUGAAUCCACCGCAGAAGUACGGGGCGUCCUCAAAGUGCAAGUGCAUUAUUACGAAGAAGGAAACGUUCAACUGGUGAGUACUAAAGAGAUCAAGGAAUCCAUUCCGGUUUCUAACGAAGCUCAAACAUCUAAGGAAAUCAUCCACGUAAUAGAGAACGCUGAGAAUCUGUAUCAAACGGCUAUUUCGGAAAAUUAUCAGACGAUGUCGGACACGACAUUUAAGGCUCUGCGAAGACUCCUGCCCGUCACCAGGACAAAAAUGGAUUGGAAUAAGAUCGUAUCUUAUAGUAUUGGAAAAGAACUAAAAACACAAUGA